AGCACGCUUACUUCCGGGUUUGUUUGUCGUGAGGGGGUGAUCACAGACCCCCUAAGCAGGUCGUGUUUUUCCACGCGUCAGCUUUCAAGGAACACCCGAAAAUGCCUGGAAUCUUGCUGGGUGACGAGUUCCCCAAUUUCGAGGCCGACACUACCAUCGGCCGGAUUAAGUUUCACGACUUUCUGGGCAAAUCAUGGGGUAUCCUGUUCUCCCACCCGAAGGACUUCACCCCCGUGUGCACCACUGAGCUGGCGUGCGCCGCCAGCCUCAGCGACAAGUUCGCCAAGCGCGGUGUCAAGAUGAUUGCCCUAUCUGUCGACAGUGUGGCCGAUCACCGCGGAUGGAGCAAGGAUGUGAUGGGCUUCAACAGUCAGGCUUCAAAUCCUUUGCCCUUCCCCAUCAUUGCUGACGAAAAAAGGGAGCUGGCCAACAAGUUGGGAAUGCUGGACCCCGAUGAGAUCGAUGGCGACGGCAUCCCGCUCACCGCUCGCUGUGUGUUUGUGAUCGGACCCGACAAGCGGCUGAAGCUGUCCAUCCUCUACCCGGCCACCACGGGGAGGAACUUUGACGAGCUGCUGCGCGUUAUUGACUCACUGCAGCUGACGGCGCAGAAGAAGGUGGCCACGCCUGUGGACUGGAAGCCUGGAGACAAAGUCAUGGUACUUCCCAACGUCUCCGAUGCCGAAGCGGCCUCUCUUUUCCCCAAUGGCGUCACCGUUAAAGAGGUUCCAUCUGGGAAAAAAUACCUGCGCUACACUCAGCUCUGAAGACCUUCAGCGAAUCACAAUGGAAAUAUAAAAAAUUAAAAAUAGUACACCGCAACAAUAAACAAGAAUUUGUGCCUUCUGUAUCAUUCCAUAAUAAACAACAAACUUUGCACUUAAA